AUGACCCCACUAGCGCAAGGAAUCAGGUUACAACUACUAUACAGAACUCAAUACCAGGUACGGAGAAUGGCAGGUAGUACCAAAAGGGGGCCGGAACAGGCAAAGCUACUGGAAAGGCGGGCCGUGACCGACACGAGCGAGUUCAAGUGGAUUGGGCUAGAGAAGCUCAAGUAUGCAGACCCUCUGGGCAGAGAGCGCGACUGGGAAGGCGCUGUGCGCACGACGCGUGCUUCGACCGGAGUGGAUGGAGUAGGCAUAUUGGCCAUUGUGCGCGAGCCUGGGCAGCCGGACCGCAUUCUGCUUCAAAAGCAGUUCCGCCCCCCUGUGGGAGGCGUCUGCAUUGAGAUGCCUGCUGGACUGAUAGACGAGGGCGAGACGCUGGAGGAGGCCGUGGCACGCGAACUGCGCGAGGAAACUGGAUAUAGCGGGCGCAUUGUGACCACCAGCGCGAUAUUAUUCAACGAUCCGGGCUUCACAAACACGAACCUGCGUAUGGUCACAGUAGAAAUUGACGCUACCGCACCCGAGAAUCGCAACCCGCAACCAGAGUUGGAGGACGACGAGUUCAUCGAGUGCUUCAUGGUGCCGUUGCGCGACUUUCCCGAAGAAAUGGGGCGGCUAGACGCUGCGGGCUACAAGCUCGACGCCCGUGUUGAUAACGUGGCCCAUGGCAUUAAGAUAGCCCGUAUGUAUGGAUUGUAA